AUGGCACGUUACCGUCUGGUCUCCGGUCUCCCAGAGUCGCUUGCACCGCUUCCUCGCUCGCCUGCGCCGCCGUGCACUCCCUGCGUCGAGGGUCAGCAGCGCGCUGCCCCUCACUCCUCCUCGUUCCCCCCUACCACGGCUCCCUUCCAGACCCUGCACUUGGACGUCUGGGGCCCCUCCCCGGUCCUUGGCCCACGUCAGGAGCGCUACUUCCUGAUUGUGGUGGACGACUACUCUUGCUACACCAUGGUUUUCCCCUUGCGACGGAAGGCCGACGUGCCUACCGUUCUCGAGCCGUGGCUACUAGCGUGGGGUGGCGCCCAGGGCCUGUGUGGGCUCCGCCUACACUCGGACCGUGGUGGUGAGUUUUCUUCCACUCGCCUGGAGACGUUCUGUCAGGGUCGGGGGAUCAUCCAGUCUUACACGCUACCAGCCUCGCCGCAGCAGAACGGGGUAGCCGAGCGACGGAUCGGCCUGGUCAUGGAGGUUGCCCGGACCUCCAUGUGCCAUGCCGGUGCCCCCCAGUUCUUGUGGCCUCAGGCAGUCCGCUACGCCGCGCACCAGCUGAACCUGUGGCCCAGUGACGCACGGCCACGGGUGACGCCGGUCUCCCUUUGGACAGGCUGGGUGUUCUACGACCCGGUCACCUACGAGUUUUUCGCUUCUCAGGACGUCACGUUCGAUGAGUCUGUCUGUUACUACAGGAGUCGCCCCCACCGAGGUACUGAGGUUUUUUCCCCCCCGCUGUUCCUCACCCUUGAGCCCCCCCCAGUCGCGCCGGUAGCCCCCCCCCCUUCGCGUCCUACCCCGUCAGGUGUGUCGCACGUCACUCCGCAGUCGUCCCCCCCGCAGCGUCCAGUCCCUGUCGUGUCUGGGGGUGCGGGAGGUACAGUUGCGGAGGGUGCGGGUACUGGGGCUGCUGGAGCUGGUGGUGUCGGCUCUGGGGGUGCAGGGGGUGUGGGCAUGGAGGCCACUCCCGUGGAGGACACAGCAGCCUCGACUCGGCGGCCUCGCCCCGCGUCACCCCCUGGCUUCCCGUCCGUCCAGCAGUUCCCUCCUCGUUCUUCUCUACGGCAGGUUGCUGCGGAGCCUGGGGGUGUUCCUGCGGGAGGUAGUGGAUGCCCCGGGGGUGUCGGUGGGGGAGGUGCUGGUUCCGGGGGUGCUGGAGCUGGAGGCACUGGCACUGUGGCACCUACACCGCGCGCUGUACGUUUCCUGACCCGUGAGCAGCGUCUCCUCCGGUUGGAGAGGGAGGAGCGUGAGCGGUUUGAGAGGGCACAGUAG